ACAGCUGAUAGGAAGCAGAAGUUGAGGAUCGUAAACAUGAAGCCUGAUCGUUAAUAAACACGUAAACAGUCGAAACAGCGGGAACAGGGGGUGACACAGGUUUAUUUGAAUGGCUUCCUCUUGGCGUCGAGUCGCUGGGCCGCUGGGCUUCGCGGUUCUAUUGGUCGCUGUCGCCAUCGUUGUACAGACUCAUGGGAUGCCGCCUCUCCUGCCCUCCACCCUGGGUGUGUGCUCCCUGGUCGGGAUGGCGUUCCUCUGGCGGGACGUGGGCUCCAAGCUGAGGGGAGAGAACCGGACUUGGACCGGUCUGCUCGGGCAGUACGUGGCCGUGAAGGCGGUGGGCUGGCUGGGCAGGAGGCAGAGGAGGAGGCUGGAGGAGGACACCCUCCAUGUGAAGAGGGUCCAGGAGGAGACGCUGCUCAAGCGCCUGCGGAAGAACACAGACACGAGCUAUGGAAGAGAGUUUGACUUCAGCUCCAUGAAAGACAGUGCCAGUUUCCGGGCGCGUCACCCCAUCACCACGUAUGAGCAUUACCGAGAGCUCAUCCGGCGCAUCGCUGCAGGAGAGGAGAAGGUGAUCAUUGCUGAGAAGCCGCUGAUCCUGGCCAUGACGUCUGGGACGUCGGGAUCCAGCUCCAUGCUGCUCAGCACCAAGGACACCAACACCGAGUUCUUCCUGCAGGGGGUGACUGUGUGUUUGGACGCCAUGCGGCAGGCGUUCCCUGCGACUGACAGCCUGCAGCGCACGACCAAGUUCUUCUACACACCUACCUUUCGCCAGUCUGAGGCCGGCAUCACCAUCAGACCUAACUCCUCCACGCCAGCCUCCUCCCGCCACAUGCUGAACCUCUACACCACCCCAGCACCCGCCUUUGAGGUUCCCAGUGAGAAGGAUACCCUCUACCUGCACCUCCUGUUUGCGCUGAAGGAUCAGAGUGUGGGAACACUGGAGUCCAACUUUGCAUCCACAGUUUUCUAUGCUUUCACUGCCCUACAGGAUCGUUGGCAGGAGCUUGUGGGCGACAUCGAACGAGGGACGGUCAGCGGUGCUCUGGCUCUGGAGCCCAAAGUGAGGACCAGGCUGGAAGCUCUGAUGAAGCCAGACCCGGAGAGAGCCGCUCAGCUCCGGGUCAACUUCCAGGACGGCUUCAGAGGGAUCGCCAAGCGGCUGUGGCCUCACCUCCACCUGGUGCUGGCCGUGGACUCGGGUUCCAAUCAGAUCUACGGGGAAAUGCUGAGGGAGAGUUACUGCCAGGGGGUGCCUUUCUACUCACCCUUUUAUGCUGCUACUGAAGGUCUGAUCGGGGUGAACCUGUGGCCUCAGGAGCCAAACAGACGCUACCUGCUGUGUCCUCGCUCCAUGUUCUGCGAGUUCCUGCCCGAGAGCAGCCUCGAGGAGGAGGCACCUCAAACUCUGCUGAUGGAGGAGGUGAAGGAGGGACAAAGCUACGAGCUUGUCGUCACAAACGCUUCAGGACUCUUCAGAUAUCGCAUGGGAGACAUUGUGAAAGUGGUCGGGUUCCAUAAUCAGUGUCCGAUGGUUGAAUUUCAGUACAGACGGGGUCAGAUGUUGAACGUUCGGGGGGAGAAGGUUUCUGAAGCGUUGUUCCUUAACACUCUGAAGAAAGCUGUCACUCAGUGGCCAGGAUCUCAACUGGUCGACUACUGCUGUGCUGAGAGCGGCAUCAUGGGAGAUUCAAUAGGCGGAUCAGAUCCUCAUUACCAGGUGUUCGUGGAGCUGAAAGGCGUGAGGAACCUCACAGAGGAGCAGCGAUACAAGCUGGACGUCUGUCUCCAGCAGGACUCGGCGGUCUACAGGUCUUUCCGUGUCAAGGGCAGCAUCGGACCAAUGAGGGUGCAGCUGGUGGCGGACGGUGCGUUCAAGGAGCUCCGUAAGCAGAUGAUGGAUUUCUCAAACACCUCACCCAACACCUUCAAAAUGCACCGAGUGCUGCGCAGGAAAGAAUACGCAGAUUUCUUACUGGGAAAAACGGUUUCCUAAAACCGUGACUCUGACUGGUGAGCGCUGACUGACUGAACUUUCGAAGUUGGUGAAUUGUGCCUUUAGCAACCGAGAUUAGACAAAAAGGCAAAUUUUCGACGAUUGGAAAUGUUUAUAUGAACCAUAUUUAAAUUUGUAUUAAAGCAAAGUGUUAAACUGCUCCUGUUGUUUUGUUUGAUGAAAUGUUUCAGGACCUCUCCAGGCUUCCCUGACAGUAACAAUUCAACCAUAUGUUGUCUAUUUCCAGUGCUAAAGAUACUUUCUGAGUUUAUCUAACCAGGUUUUAGUUUUGUUUCCUAAUCUCAGGUAAAAGUCUUAAAGGAGAAAGCAUUUUAUUUUUGUUACAUUGAUGGUUUUGGGUGCAGCUGGUGAAAAAGCAAAAGAACAUAAAAGAAAGAACUCCCCUAAAACUCGUAAAAUAUUGACAUUGCUUCAUAGUCUUUACAAUAUCGCUCUUUUAGUCAACACCAUCUGGUGAUAUAGCAAGUUUUGGCAACAUAAUAUUCACAGUGUCACAAUAAGAUGGUAAGAUUUAUAUGUAAAAUUAAACCCCUUGUUGGCCCAAAUCAUGGAGUGAGGCUGCAAAAACAUCCUUAAUUCUCUGACCCAGAAACCUUGUUAAAUUUCUGCAAGUAAAACUGAUGUACGUUGAGGGCUCAUAUUACAUCUACCAAGGAGGUUAUGUUUUCACCCUUCAGAAUCAUCGUGAAAAGAAUAGAUGUCUUUGAGAAGUUCAUUGCAUCAGCUAAUUAUAUAAUUUCUUGAAACUGAAAAGGAGUUUUCAUUAUUACAUGUGUGUCCAGAAAUGCUGGUUCAUCACAAUAAGGUUUCCCUAUUCAGUGAUAUCAUCCACCACUAGAGGGGGCUAAUCUUGUGUGUACAGAUUCACUUUUUAUUUGUCUCAUUAGCUCCAUUCUACAACUGGCUUUUACACACAGCAAUAUUUAGAUGAAUCAUAGUCAGGACUUAAAUAUCAACUAAAUCCAGCAUUAUUAUGUUUUGUCAGAUUCUAUCUUGAUUAAACUUGUUGUGAAUCUUUA